AUGGCCGAAGUUCAAAGCCGCACAGGCGGCUCUAGAGGUCGCGGCGGCUUCAGAGGUGGUCGAGGUGGAUUUCGUGGCACAAGAAACACAUCCAGAAGUCAGCACAAACCAGACAACGAACAGGAGAACACCCCUCCCGCACCGCUCGAAGAUCAGGGUGAAGUCGGCGAAUUGCUCAGGAAAUAUGGCGACAGAGUCCCUCUGCUCAAAGAAAUCUGUCCUGGCUGGAGUGACCAGGACCUGGUCUACGCCUUGAACGAGACUGACGGCGACGUGGAAAAUGCAUUCGACCGCAUCUCAAGUGGUUCAAUCUCACAGUGGGGUGAGGUCAAGAAGAAACACGCAAAGGCCAAAGAAGCCACUCCCGCGUCAACCGAGACGGCUACCCGAAGCCGUGGUCGUGGUGGAUUCGAAGGUCGAGGAAGAGGUCGUGGUGCUGAGCGCGGCGCUAGAGGCGGCCGUGGUGCAAAGUCAGCAUCUGUCGCCCACACCAAUGGUACGAAGUCAACUGGCGAUGGUUGGGAUACUCCUGCUACCACUACCGUGGACGCUACCGGAGGCUGGGAUACGACCACUGCUGAUGCUGCUCCUACCAAUGGCGACACUGCAGCACAUGCUGCGGACGACUGGGCAAAUGAACCUGGCAAAGAUUCGUUGUCCUCUCUUCAGACCGAAGAACCCAAACCAGCUUCAAGUGCCGCGCCAUCUUCGGUCAAGCCUGGUGGAUGGGCCGGAUUGUUCGCUAAGCCUACGCCAGCACCAGCUCCCAAGAAGGCUGUCGCACCACCUCCGGCUACGCAGCCUGAAGCAUCCCUCACUGAAGCAGAGCCUGAGCCCACGAUUGAAGUCCCGGCUGUCGAGACGCCUGAGCCGGCUCUGCCGCCUCCAAUAGAAGCAGUCGAGAUCAACGAAGAUGGACCGAGUGAGCUGCCCUCUGCGCCACAUUCGGAAACAGGACAAGAGCUUACCCCUUCGAAAGAUGAACUCACAGAGCACAACUUGGAGAAACUCCCAGAUACCUCUCACCCACCUGAGUCCGCCACUCAAGCCAGUACUGUUGCAAGCACCCUAGAUCCCCUCGCUACGGCCGACUCAAAGAUCGCUCCCCGUGUGCCCCUUUCAGGCUAUCACGCAACCGCGCUGAAGGCUACCGGAGGGGCAAGCCGAUCUGCAAGCUUCACGAGGAAGGUCAUGGAACAACAAGAGGCUGUGGUUAUGCCCGGGAAUCACGCAAUCGAGAAGGCGGCAGUACAAUUUGGCAAACUGGGACUGGGCGCGGACGACGUGGAUGUGGACGAAGACCGAGAAGAGCCAGAGACUCGAACUCAGCUCCCUGAUGAUUCGCCAGCCGCUCCACGCGCUUCGCUCCCACCAGCCUUACCUGAAGCGCAGCAGACGCCCGUCGCAGUCCAGAGCCAACCUCUGGCUGAGGCACCGUCGACUGCUCAGCGACAAGCAGCUGGUCUGCCCCCUGCUCCUCAACAAGCGCCUGAACCAUCUCCUCAGUCUUCUUCGGCAUAUGCGGAUCAAUACCGCUAUGGGCAAGGCCAGAAGCCAUACGACCCGUUCGGACAACAGCAACCGCAGACAACCCAAGCGCCAGCACAGGAACCCUUCUCCAACCAGGUUCCCAGCCAACCAUCUACUGCUACCACCCAACCCGACUAUGCGGCAUACUACGGUCGUGAUGCUUACAACUACUACGGUUACGGCCACGGUCAAGAUGCUCAACGCAGCGGCAGUGCUUUUGGUUCCUCGGCUCCGGACAACCAAGCUCAUUACGCGACGUCACGCCCUCAGCAGCACGCGCUGGGUCAGCAGGAAACACAAGGCAGUGGCAAUAACACUCCUGCACCCGGCUUGCCCGCCCAGCACACCCAGCAACCAGCUGGUCACGUGCAACAAACUCAAGGUCACGCAUAUCCUGGAUACGGUUACCCGAAUGCAUACAAUCAACAGUAUCCCCAGUACGCUGGAAACUACAUGGGCAAUAUGAAUCAUCGUUUCGGAGCAAAUCGACCAAUGUUUGAUGAUGUACGUCGUCAGGACAGCGAAUACUACAGCAGUCAGCAGCAGUACAACUAUGGUCAGAAUCACUACGGCAAUACGUACAAGUCGAACUUGUAUGGUCAACCUCAGCAAGGUUACUCCUACGAACAUGGUUCAUCUCCAGCAAACGUGGGGACAUUCAGUCGAGAGGCGGGCUAUGGCCGGGCUGGCUCUGCUCAACCUUCGGAGGCUCAGCAGGGUGCGGCUGCCAAUGCCGGCUUCGGAGGCAUGCCUGAUCCCUUUGGACGAUCUUCAUCUGGGUUUGGACAGCCACAGGGCUUAGGACAACAGCAUGGUGCGCACGCCGAAGAUCCUGCCAAAGGAUCAGGGCCGAGCCCUUCGAUGCAAGGUGGGCGUCCUGGAUCUGCGGUCAACAGUGGUUUCCCGGCUCAACAGGGUGUGUUGCCUCCGCCAUCACAGCACUCUGCGCAACAAGCCUUUGGUGGUUAUCCCCAGUAUGGUGGUAACGUGGCCACUAGUCACCAAAACACCCACCAGAAUACCGCAUACGGCAGCUAUGGUUCGAACAAUGCCUUUGGCGGCUAUGGCGGCUAUGGAGGCGCCCGAGGAGGAUGGAAUGGCAGCUACGGCUCCGGUCAUUAG